UCCUAUAUAAGGUGUACAAAACCAUUGAAAAGCCUCCUGUGCGUCUCAGUCUAUUUAAUUAUCCCGAGCAAGCAUGGGAUCGAUCGUUGCUACAGCAGCCAUUCUUUUAGUCUGCGUUCUUUUAAACGAAGCUUGCAACCAUUGUGUUCCCAUGGAAGGGUGUUUAAUCCUGAAAAAAAUAACAGUGUGCAAAAACAAUGAAGUCUAUUGUGACGUUACCGUAGGGAUGAUUCAUAGCCCAGUAGGAACGCAUGGACAACCGGAUUCUUGGUCUGAAGAGGAGCGAGUACCCAUUAUGUAUUGGCCACCCAAAGCAUAUUUUGCUCAGCAAAACAAUAUCCCCCCGAAAGCUGACAUACCUAUUGCUGCAGUGGCCCCAUCUGGGAACAAUGUUCCCACAGAAAUCUGUGUUCCCAUGGACCAGUGCCUAAUCCGGAAAAAUGUAAAUGUGUGCCAAUACAAUCAAGUCUGUUGUGAAGUUCUCAUAGAGUCAUCAUUCUCGGAAGAGGAGGCACCGAGCAAUAUUCCCUUCAAAGCUAAUAUUCCGCCCACAGUAUUGGUCCCAACUGCUCCCCAAAACAAUACUUCCAUAGAAGAUGGCAUACCCACUACGUAUUGGCCACCCAAAGCAUUCCCCCAAAACAAUGUUUCAAUAGAAGCAUUGACCCCAAAAGACUUCGAGCCUAAAACAAAUGAUGAUGGAGACGAUAAGCAGCCAAAGCCUGGUCAAUAUCCCUGGGUGGUAGCCAUCAUUUACAAAGGAGUUUACUGGGCGGGCGGAUCCCUUAUUCACCCAAAAGUGGUCCUAACAGCAGCUCACAUCACGCUGAACAUAGUCGCUAAUGAAACUGUUGUUAGGGCCGGCGAGUUUGACAUGAACUCCACAAAUGAACCCUUUCAACAUGAGGAGCGUAAUGUGGAGAGGUUUUUAAGACAUGAAGGAUUCGUUUAUGAGACAGGUGCCAAUGACUUGGCGCUUAUUUUCGUAAAAACGUCGUUCGAAUUAAAGGACCACAUUGGAGUUAUUUCGCUGCCAAACCCGCAAACGUCGUUCGAGGGACGUCGCUGCACGGCAGUCGGUUGGGAAAAGGAGAGCUCCCAGCAACGAAACUUUGCGGGAAUCAUGAGGCAAGUUGAGUUACCCAUUGUGGACAGGGCGACAUGCGAGGAUCAGUUUAAAAAAACCAAAAUGGGCAGAAACUUUCAUCUUGCUCAGAGCCUGAUUUGCGCUGGAGGUGAACGGGACCGGGAUAUCUGCUUUGGCAGUGGAGGUUCUGCAUUGUUCUGCCCCCUCGGAGGAGAUACUCCACAUGCCUAUGUACAGGUUGGGAUCGUAGUCUGGGGCAUGGAGUGUGGAAUAAACGACAUCCCGGGAACCUAUACAAAUGUGGCAACGUUCAAAAGUUGGAUUGAUCAAAGGCUGAUAUUCGUUGGCUAAGGCUAUAAGACCAGUUUAUGUAUAAAUAUACAAAAAUAUCUGAACAUUUUCCAAAA